AUGGCUCCAUUUACAUUUACACUCUUUGCACCCUAUAAUAAACAAGCAGGUUUGAGAUUAAAAAAUGCAAAUGUUCGAAUGUUUGGUGUUGAUAUUCUUAUGGAAAAAGAUGAAACUGAUGGAUAUUUUCGAGCAACUGUAGAUUUAGCUGAUGGUAUAUUUCAUUAUCAAUUUAAAAUUGUAACAAAAUCUUGGUUUGAACAAGAACCAGAACCUGCAUUACCAAAUUAUGAGGAUGAUGAAUAUAAAGAAAUGACUCAAGAAGAAAGACAAGAGAAAACAGAAGCAUAUACGAAACUUAUUGAUGAAAUUCGUCAACGAAAUCGACAGCGUGAACAAGAAGCUACUUUUACAGAAAUUUGGUAUACAUUUGUUGAUCCGUAUGCGACCGAUGUCGAUGAACGUGGCACUGACGAUGCACACAAAGCUGUCGGAAUAUUAACAAUUAAAAAUGGAAAAAGAAUUAUUGAUGAAUAUGAAUGGAAAUAUGAUAAUUGUAUCUUACCACCUGAUGAAGAACUUGUUAUUUAUGAAAUACAUGUUGGUGAUUUUUCUGGCGGAGAAAAUGAUCCACUUCUACGUGGACAAUUUAAAGAUGUUACGCGGAAAAUUGACUAUUUAAAACAACUCGGUGUUAAUGCGAUCGAACUUAUGCCAAUUAAAGAAUAUCCUGGUGAUUAA